CGUUUUUAAGUGAGACAGAGCAGCAGCAGCGGUCAUAUGAUGAGGAACAGGGCGGAGUGACCGCCUCUCUGAGCGGGACUCAGGGAUCCUGUCCGGGCGGAGACAGAGCAGUCAGAUCGGAGGAGAACUUACCGCUUCUAAAACCGGACACACACGGUUAUCUGGGAAUCCAUCUGAGACAGAAGCAGGAUGGAGUCUCACAGACUCAGUGGGUCUUCAGAUGUCCAAAUACAGAGGGGCUACAUGCUGCAGCACAGUCCUAGAGCCAGCAGCCAGGAGAACCUGUUUGGAGUGAGAGUGCAGGUUCAGGGCAUCAAAGGUCAGCCUUAUGUGGUUCUGAAUACUUCUGGUGAGGAGAGCCACAAGGAUGUAUCUGUCAUAACUCACCAGGCAGGUUACAAACCAGGCACGGUGAGGAGGUCUGCAGAUGAGACACAGAGGAGGCCAAACUCCUCUGGGUUUAAUUAUCAGAGUGAGUCUGAGAUCCUGAGACCGUAUGCCCCAGAAAAUAUCCAUAACCAUUCCAGGUCUCACCACACAUCCCUUUCUACUGAGACAUCGCAAACUGCCAAACCCAGGAUCCCUCUGCCUGCCGAGGGCCCUGCAGAAGACCCAGCUGAGUUCAACCAUAACCCCAAAUGUCCCUCAGAGGGACAUAGUGCUCCACUGUACCCAAGCUCAGUGGACACCGACUCCAUCAUGUCCGUCGGCAGGCUAAUAUCCCAAUUCAACAGCAGCCUGCAAAGGGGAAGAGGUCCGAGAAACCGACUGGACCCAGAGGCUUGUCGGCGGUCCCGCAGUGUAGACAGCAGUCGAACCUCGAGCUCCUCUUCAUCAUCACCUUUAUCCAGCAUAGCCUCUUCUCUUAAGGGCACCAGAGGUGAUACCCCAGCUGGGAUUUAUCCCCCUGGAUCUGCCAGAGCUCGGCUUCUUGGUGGAGAAUCUGCUUGGACAAACAGUGGGGAGGAAAGCAAGCUCAGCAAAGGACAACAAGGGAAAGAGACAGUAACGCUGUCUCACAGAGCAGAGAAACCGGCUGUCUCCAGGCAAGCUGUGGAUCAAACUGCUAAAUCUGACGAAAGAGACGCACAGGUUACUCCUGAUCUUCUGAAAGGACAGCAAGAGCUCUCAGCAGAUCCACCAGAGGAAGCAACAAAGCAAAUACUCUUCAGUUGUCUUAAAAAUGGGCUCACAGAUGAUGACCCCACAACCCAAAGAAAGGUCAAACUGCUGCUUGAUGACAUCAACAAGCUCAAAUGGAAGACUGUGGAGAGUAUGGAGGAGGAGGAGAAAGCCUCUGCAACGGGACUAAAGGCACUGCAGGAGAAACAGACGGCUCUUGAGAAAGAAGUCUCUCAUCUGAAGCAAAAACUGGACAUUGAGAUUAAGAAUGAGAUGACUUUAGCCAAGGCAUUUGAGAAAGCAAGGACUGAGAAGAAGAAACUUCAGGAGGAGUUGAACAAAAGUCAGACGGAGCUCCGCAAACUGAGAGAGAAACUGGCAGAAAUUGAGGCAGAACUUCAGUCCACCAAACAGGAACUGACUCAGAUGAAGACAGAACGAGAAAGAGCCAGUGCAGAGAUGAAAGACCUCCAGCAACAGCUCUCUGAGAUGCACGAUGAGUUGGACAAAGCCAAGAAGACCGACGUGAUAAAUACAGAGAAAGAGGUCCUUCUUGGGGAUUUGGCACAGCUGCGUGUGGACUUCCAGGAGAUGCUACAAGCCAAAGAGGAGCAGGAGGAGGUGCUGCACCACAAAGAAAGGGAGCUUAUUGCCCUGAAGGGGGCAAUUACAGAGGAGGUGGAGACUCAUGAUAAAUACAUCACUGCUUUGAAGGAAGAAUAUGAACAGGAGAUUGAGAAGCUGCUAAAUGAUUUGCAACAGGCUAAUGAGAGUAACAUUUACUUGGGUCAGGAGAAGGCUCAGGUGGAUGAGGAGAGAGGUAAAGCAAAGGUGCAGCUGAAGGAACUGAUCCAGGAAAGAGAUAAUCUGAAAGGAAAAGCUAGAGAACUCAGCAAUAAGGUGGAGCAACUGAAUCAGGUCAUCCAGGAGUUCAAAACCACAGAGAGAAUGAUGGAGCAGAGAACAAAGCAGCUGGAGAGGGAAAAGAACCAGGUGGAGGAAAUGCUGGAGGAUGUAAGGAGGAGCGAGGAGGAGCUGUGUCAGUCUAACCAGUCUUUGCUUUCCCGCUUGGAGGAUGUGCAGAGUAAGCUGACCAAACUAAACCAUGAGCACAAGGAGUUAAAGGAAAAGCUUAAAGAAGAGAAGAAACAAGUUGAAGAGCUGUGGAAAACCAAAGCAGAGUUGGAGGACGAGAGGAGGAUGCAGGACAGGGCCAUGGAACAACUGCAGAGAAAGAUGAACACCAUCAUGGAGGAGUGCGAGGCGUCCACAGAUGUGCUUCAGAACCAGGUCGACGAGGCCAGAGAGAGGAGUCAGAGGGAGCUGACUGAGCUACGCAGGCAGCUGCAGGAAAAGGGAGGAGAGCUGGAGAAAUCCAGACAGGCAGCCAAAAAACUGCAGGAAGAGCUGCUUCCUCUGGAGGAGGAUCUGCGACGGUGUCGCAGGGAGCAGCAGGAGGCCCAGCUGAGAGGCCAGCAGCUGGAGCAGCGGGUGGAGGAGCUGGAGGAGAAGAACGCAGCUGGGCUGGAAGAGCGCGAGCGCCAGAUCAAACUCAUGGAGGAGCGAAUCAGGCACCUAGAAGAAGAUCUCAACGAUGAACAUAGCAGUUCGGAUCGCUUGAUGGAGCGAUUAGACAAAGCCAAAGAACAGAUGGAUCAGAUGAGGAAUGAGCUGCUGCAGGAACGAGCAGCCAGGCAGGAUGUGGAGUGUGACAAGAUGAGCCUGGAGAGACAGAAUAAAGACCUAAAGAGCAGGGUUACUCAUCUGGAAGGAUCCCAGAGAACAAACCAGGAUUCACUCGUCUCAAAACUGAGCAGUCGAAUCCAAGAACUGGAGGAGAGGCUGCUGGGGGAAGAGAGGGAAAACAACAGCCUGCAGCAGGCGAAUCGCAAACUGGAACGCAAAGUGAAGGAGUUGAAAAUACAGGCGGACGAGGAGCACAUCAACCUGCAGAGCCAGAUGGACCAGCUGACUCAAAGGUUGAAGACAGCAAAGAGGCAGAUGGAUGAGGCGGAGGAGGAAAUUGAGCGUUUGGAGCACAGUAAAAAGAAGCUGCAGAGAGAAGUGGACGAGCAGAUGGAGGCCAACGAGCAGCUUCAUGGCCAGCUGAAUACUCUGCGAAAUGAGAUGAGGCGUAAGAAGAAAUCACCUCCCUUCAUGAAGCUUGUGGAGGAAGAUUUGAACAACACGGAUGAUUUUGGUUCAGAUUGAUGGACUUAUGGGAUAAAAAAUACUAAUGGACUUCAUGAAGAAAUGUUCUUACUGUGAAGAUAUUGUAACACAGCAUAAUACCAUUAACAACUCAGGUGUGAAUUAUCAUUUUCUACUUUGAUCUACAGCUAUUGGCGCUUUGUCAGUGCUGACCUCUUGUGGUAAUAUUUAUAACUGUAUUUAAUGAAUUAAUGUACAUUGCAUUUUGAUUUAUGCUUUGUUUUCUAUCAAUAUAUUACUGUGAAUUAAGAUGGCAUCAGCCUAAUCCAAAGCAAACAAUUAUCCAGAUGAAAGCACUUUUUCAACAUUUACCCAUCUGUAUGUACCUUUAGAAAUGGUAAUCUAAAAUAAAUCUAAAUAUUUUA